UGACUCGUUGGAGAGCCAAGUUCACGUUGGCAUUGUUGAUGGAGUUCUAUGAAACAGUCUCGCAAAUGAGUCAUUUCAUUUGCCGACCCAUCCGCAAUAUCGCUUCCUUAUUAACAUAAUUAUAAAUUACUUCAAAGUCUUCAAAGUUUGCUGAUUGAAAGCGUCAAGUCUCAUCUUAGCCAUAUUUGGUUUCGGUUUACAUGUGCUGUACCAUUGCAUCGUCUGUCUAACCGGAAAGUGCCGACAGUACAGUAAGUUUAUAAACACUGGUUUUCAACAUGGAUGAGAAAAUUCAUCCUGCUUCAGACUUUGCUGAGCAACUAAAGGUGGCUGGAACCGAUCUGUCAAAGCAAGUACCGGCACUUCUCGGGCUUGGCGAAUGGUACUUGAAAAAAGCAAAGACAACUGCAAAUGGUGCUGAUUUUACAAAGGCUGACGCACUUUACAACGCAGCCCUUGUCAGAUCGAGGCUUGCAAAUCAUGAAAUAGGCGAAGAACAAAUAAUACUCACAAGAAUUGUCGAGACCUAUCAAGAAUUUUUGUAUGCGCUCCCCAACGAAUUGAAAGUCAGCGUAGACGAGAUUCGUAAUGAAAUCGAUUCUCAUAAGAAGUUUCUAGCCAAUGAAAGAAGGAUCAUUAAAGAGCGCGUUAAAGAAAUCGAUUCACGUUCUAAUGGAGAUAAAAAAACUGAAGAUCACUAUGAGAUCCAUGCAGAUCAGAUGCACGACGUUUUUCGAGACAUUCAAAAUAUGUAUAUCAGACUUGUGUCAAUGUUAACCAAAGAAUGCGUAAGUAAACUUGGUCAACCACCCUGUAACUUCGCCAUCAUUGCCCUGGGAUCGGUGGCUCGUAUGGAAGCAACUCCUUAUUCAGAUCUGGAGUUUGCCAUUCUAUACUCAGACCCUGGCAUAGCGGACAAAAUCAACUACUUCCGUGUCCUGAGCUACUUUCUUCAUUUAAAAGUUAUCAAUCUUGGGGAAACUAUCCUUCCAGCUUUGGGAAUUGAAGAGCUCAACAAUUUUGAGGAUCCCAAACGAAACUGGUUCUUUGAUUCGGAAACGCCUCGGGGAAUUUCGUUUGAUGGCGCAAUGCCAUGGGCUUCCAAAACCCCGCUAGGGAGAAAGGCAACGAAGAAUAAGCCUGCAUUAGAGUUGAUCAGAACACCUCAGAAAAUGGCUGAAUUACAAGAUGAAGAAACUGCGGUAAAAGAAGGAUAUCAUUUAGCUGAUAUUAUGGUCAGAGUUUCGCUUCUUUAUGGCGACCGAGCUCUGGUAGACGAGUACAAUAAACAUGUGGCUGACAAAUUAAAUGCAAUUUCGUCGCCAGCCGUGGCGAGAUCGAAUUCAACAGUCGGUAGGAAGAGAGGAAUUCAACAACUGUCUAAGGACAUCGACACAUUUUUUCCGUUGAAGACAUUUUUUGGACCUAGCUGUGCUUUCAACGCAAAGAAAGACUUCUACCGUCUAAUCUCGUUACUACUCUCAGAUCUAGCGUUGAUAUUCAACAUCAGAUCACCCACACCAUGGCAGGUCAUCUCAGAGUUGCAGACUCGGGGAAUCAUCGACGAGACAGACAUGAUGAACAUCAAAGUUUGUCUAUCAAUUGCAAACGAAAUCCGUUUGAAAACGUACCUUGCCAGCAGUCGACAGAAAGAAGUACUUUCAUCUGUUCCACGAUACUCGAACACUGCAAAGCAUUACCCUACUAAUUCCCACUUCUACCAAGAUUUUGAUGAAGAUGACGCAGCACGUCUUCUAAUUACCAGUGUGGAUAUAUAUGAACGGUGUACCGAGUUCUACGAGACGUAUAAAAAGACAAAUGAAAUCGACUUACUUCGGAAUGUACCCACGUUAACCCAACCUACAAAAAGAUGUAUAAUAGGACAUCUUUAUAUUAUACUGGAAAAUUAUCCGAAAGCGUUCGAGUUGUUGGAACCUUUAUCCAAAGAUAGGACUGAAAGUGCGGAAUAUAUGAACACUCAUUACGGACUAGGUCUUAUUUACAGCACUUAUCACGAAUACGAAAAGUGCAUUGAAUGUUUUGAAGAAGCACUGAAGGCCUAUAGUGGCUUAACACACCAGAACGAUGAGAAAUUCAUUGCCGGUCUGUCGGUCAUCACGAGUGAUUUAGCAGAAGCACUGAAUCUAAAUGGUGAAUAUAAAAAGGCCUUAAGCAUUUUAAAAGAAGCAAUAUGUAAACACAAUGAAAUAUACGGGCAAGGAUCUCGGAAACCCGAACUACGUCGAUUGAUGCGUCAGCUCGGUGUGGUUUAUAGCGAACUUGGCAAAUAUGAGUUAGCCAGCCAAACAUUUGAAUACUUGGAAUCGAUGCUUGCUGGUGGCGCUUUUGAUGGGGAAUUGUUUGAUAUUAAAGUUCUCCUGGCUCUAUCGUUCACUAUUGGUAAAAAAGAUUGUUCGCAGGCACUGCAAUACGCAGAGGAAGCGUUAAAUCUUGCCAACAAGUUUUAUGGAAACGAAAACCCUAGUCUUUGUUUCGCCGCAACAUGCCAGAGUAUAGCUAUGGUUUAUGAACGUUGCUGUCGAGUGGAUGAGGCUUUAUCUUACUACGAAAAAAGUUUAAAAAUGUUUAAUUUUACAGUUGGUGACAAUCCCCACCCAGAUAAAAUAGAAUGUUUAAUGAAUUUGGGAAGAUUACACCUUCAGAUAGGCGAAACCAAUAAAGCCAUCGGGUACCUAGAAAAUGCUCUAGAACAGGCGAAGACCUCCUUUCUGCGUGGGUCCCAUUUUCUAGUCGCAAAGAUUUUAUAUAGUCUUGCGGAUGCGUUGAAACGAGACGGAAGGUUGGCGGAAUCCUUGAAGUAUUCCAUUGAAGCGAAAGAGGCGACAGAUAAAAUCUCUGGAUCUACAAGUGCUCGCAUGCUCGCUGCAUUAACACUUAAAAGCAUGGGAGGAAUUUAUAACGAGCUUGGUAGAUUACCCGAAGCGCAAAAGUGCCUCGAAGAUACUCUCGCCAUAUACUCGGAAAUGUACGAGGAAAAUAACGCCAAUAAGAGCGUUUUGAGAUUCACUUCAGCACUCACCUAUUCAGAAUUUGCUUGGUCUGGUGACCAAAUGGAAGAAUUCGCUCAAUUGAAGAGAAAGCUAACCAAAGCUGCUAAAAUCUACAAAGAAAUGCCGAUAACCAACGGAAAUAAAUGCUUUCGUGCCGUGUGUAAUCUUUUUGUACUGAGUACGAUUUGCGAAAAUCAUGGCGAUCAGGACGAUGCUUUGGAACAUUUAAAAGAAGCAAGAAACGUCGCAAAAGCCAACAGUUAUAAGCACGAGGUGGUGGUAGAUGCGUUGUACACGUUAUGUGAGAAAUAUUUAGAUUUGCAAUUCUUUGACGAAUUCAUAAUUUGUGUGAGUGAAGCCAUAGAGAUGCGAAAAAGCUAUAGCUGACACGAGGAUGAGUCUAUUCCAUCUUCGUUUAUGAAACAUACUUGUCCCGAGUCUAUCAGUUUUGGCCAAUUUAUCCCAAAAAAAGUUUGUAAAUAGUCUGUAGAACUAUUAUACUUAGUUUUAAUGCAUGAUUGAUUAUUGUAAAUUUCCCUAGUACUAAUAAUGUGAAUAAA